CUUGCCAGCUUUCUCCAUAAUCUAGAGUCUUCUGAAGCUUGGGUUGAUCAGGUUAAUAAUUGACUCUGUACUCCAAGUCUUGGAAGAAGGAGCUGGCUUUGGGAAGUGUUGAGUUCUCCAAACUUCGGAAUGUUCCUCCUGCUUCUUGCAGCACUGCUGGUAACAGCAGUAAAUAGUCAUAUUUCUAUCAAGAUCAUUGGUGGAGAUGAGUGCAAAGCCAACUCCGUUCCUUGGCAAGCUACCCUUCAGUACUUUGGUGACCACACAUGCGGUGGAGCUUUAAUAGCUAAGCAAUGGGUCUUAACAGCAGCACAUUGUAAACUGCCAAGCAUUGAGAUUCAACUUGGGGAUCAUAACAUAAAUAACCAUGAAGGAACCGAACAGUUCUCCUAUGCUGAGAAGAUAUGUGCUCACCCAAACUUUGACCAAACAACAUAUGAUAACGACAUCAUGCUGCUGAAAUUGCCGGAGCCGGUCACAUUGAAUGCUUACGUUCAAACUAUUCCCAUUGGCUGCACUGCCCUGCCUAAAGGGACCAGCUGCCUUGCGUCUGGAUGGGGGACCACCACCAGCCCUGAAGCAAACUAUCCCUCUACUCUACAAUGUGUAGGGGUAAAGACUGUUUCUGCCUCUACUUGCGAGAGUGCGUAUCCAGAUGAUGUGAUAACAGACAACAUGCUGUGUGCCGGAAUCCAGGAAGGAGGCAAGGACACCUGUCAGGGUGACUCUGGUGGGCCCUUGGUGUGUGAUUCUAAACUCUAUGGUGUCACAUCCUGGGGGCACACCCCAUGUGGAGAGCCCAAUCACCCGGGAGUAUACACCAAAGUGUGCAAUUACCUAACCUGGAUCGAGGAGACCAUAGCCAACGGUGACUGCCUUCCAUAAACAAUGUUCCUUCGAUCAGUGCGGUGCUUUUUAAUUUAAUGGUGAUCUUCUGCUUAAGCUCAAUCCAUGGGAAGAUCAACCAGGAGAAGUUGACAAAUCAUUAAAUUCAUGCUUUCUAUGCAUAAAUCACUCAGCAAAGAAAGAAAACAGCCUCCAAUGGCUUUGUGCCAACAACCUUUAGACCCAACUCACACCUUUGUUUUGGAAAACCCUUCAUGAAAUGGAAGGUCAAUACACAAAAUUACAGCACUAAGGACUUUUGGCUUAUCUUACUGUUACGGCGCCAGCAGUGCUGUUGAACAUUGUAAGUUAGAAACUCAAUGCACUUUUCUGUGGGAAAAGCAAAAUUUGAAUAAAAGCAAUAAAAUCAUAGAGCAAAUA